AUGGACACUCUACCCUCGACUACGGGGAAUAACCCGUUAGCGGAGGAUCUUGAGGAAGGCUCCGAUCGUUCGCCUUCGCGAACUCUUGACGCAUACUCGGAUGCUUCUCCCCCCCGAGACCCGAGGAGCCCUCGGCGCAACGACGAUCCCGAGAAGGGUCUUGGUGGAAAGCCGGUGAAGCGAACCAAAUCAUCCAAGAUUAGAAAGGAGGAUAGAAAGAAGCAGAAGGAACAGGAGCAGAUCCGCCCUCCAAGCUUGUGGAAUGUGUAUUGUGCCAUUGUCACAUUCUGGUGCCCCGACUUCAUUCUUAAGUGUUUUGGAAAGGUCAAGAAGGAACAACAGCGCGCUUGGCGAGAAAAGAUGGGCCUCAUCAGCAUUAUUCUCUUCAUCAUGGCGGUGGUGGGCUUUUUGACUUUUGGUUUCAAUCAGGUUGUCUGCGGCUCACCUCCGCCAAGGCUUCGUAUCAACGAAGUAACCGGCGGCUUCAUGAUCUUCCACGGUGUAGCCUACGACCUCUCAAGAUCUGGCCAUCCUGCCGCCGAAGGCAUUCCUCUCCGCCAGAACGGACAAUUAGCUAAUGUCCUAUUCGAUUUGCCCGAGAAGAAUAGCGGCAAAGACGGAAGCUUCCUCUUCCAAAACGUCAACGGUCGCUGCAAGGGCCUGAUCAAUAGGUCCGCCAACUCCAACGUCCCGACCAACUCUAACAAUGAUCUGGCAUGGUACUUCCCCUGUACGACAUUCAACCAGGACGGCUCUAGCAGCCCGAACGUCACAGUACCAUAUUAUGUCGGAUACGCAUGCCAUACUACUCAGGCAGCUCGCGACGCCUUCUAUCAUGGCCUCCGUGGCUCGGCCGAUGUUUACUUUACCUGGGAUGACAUUCGUAAUAACUCACGCAAUCUCAUCGUUUAUUCCGGCAACGUGCUCGAUCUGAACCUGCUCAACUGGUUCGAUGAGACCCAGGUGACUAUCCCAGAUCGUUUCAAGGAACUCCGCGACAAGAAUACUGCCGUCAACCAAGCCAUUCGCGGCCGCGACGUAACACGAAUCUUCCAAGCGUCUGAGGACAAGCAGGUGGCCGAGUGCCUCGAGGAGAUUGUCAAGGUUGGAACCGUGGAUACUGAGACUGUCGGUUGUAUUGCUGCCAAGGUCGUCUUGUACUGCACACUUACGCUCAUUCUUGCCGUCGUAUGCGCCAGGUUUGCGCUUGCGUUGAUUUUCCAAUGGUUCAUAAGCCGCAACUAUGCCGCUGCGAAAACCUCACAGACGUCGGAUCAGAGAAAGAGGAAUCGGCAGAUUGAGGAUUGGAGUGAGGACAUUUAUAGCGCGCCUCCCCGUCUUCCGGGCGAGGUCGGCAGUAGUGUCGCCGGCCCCGGCUCCGACAGGGGAAGCAAGCGCGUCAGCUCAUUUUUGCCCACCACGUCUCGCUUCUCUUCUAUCAACGCCGAUCGCAGCAUGAACAAGCGUGUGCCAACAACCAUGGCAAGCCAGGGUGCUGGCAGCACCCUCUACCCUGGCUCCAUUUACCAGCAGCGCAACGAUAGCAAGACUAGCUUCCUUCGGUCUGAUCCUUACGCCAGCACUACGAGCCCCACCGAGGGCCCUGGACCUGCUGGCUUCAUUCAUGAGGCCGUCGUUCCGCAGCCGCCGAGUGACUGGAUGCCUUUCGGAUUCCCUCUUGCCCAUGCCAUCUGCCUCGUUACCGCCUACUCAGAAGGUGAACAAGGUUUGCGAACAACGUUGGAUUCGAUUGCCAUGACGGAUUACCCCAACAGCCACAAGGUUAUUCUUGUCAUCUGCGACGGUAUCAUCAAAGGGAAGGGUGAGAAGUACUCGACCCCGGAGAUUGUGCUUAGCAUGUUGAAGGAUCACACGAUGCCUCCCGAGGAGGUCCAGGCCUUCUCGUAUGUUGCCGUGGCUAGCGGUUCCAAGCGGCACAACAUGGCCAAGAUCUACUCAGGUUUCUAUGACUACGGUGCCGGCUCUUCGAUACCCGCCGAUAAGCAACAGCGCGUGCCGAUGAUGGUUGUGGUCAAGUGUGGUACUCCCGAUGAGAUGCGGACAGCGAAGCCUGGCAACCGUGGUAAGCGCGACAGUCAAAUCGUGCUCAUGUCUUUCCUCCAGAAGGUCAUGUUUGACGAGCGCAUGACGGAACUCGAAUACGAAAUGUUCAACGGUCUCUGGAAGGUGACGGGCAUCUCUCCCGACUUUUACGAAGUCGUUCUCAUGGUCGACGCCGAUACGAAGGUUUUCCCCGACAGUCUGACGCACAUGAUCUCGGCCAUGGUCAAGGAUCCCGAAAUUAUGGGCCUCUGUGGUGAAACGAAGAUUGCCAACAAGCGCCAGAGCUGGGUGUCUGCCAUUCAGGUCUUCGAAUACUUCAUUUCUCACCAUCUGUCCAAGUCGUUCGAGUCCGUCUUUGGCGGUGUUACCUGUCUGCCCGGAUGUUUCUGUAUGUACCGAAUCAAAGCGCCAAAGGGCGCCCAGAACUACUGGGUCCCCAUCCUCGCGAACCCUGACGUUGUUGAGCAUUACUCGGAGAAUGUGGUCGACACUCUUCACAAGAAGAACCUACUGCUCCUCGGCGAGGAUCGAUACCUUUCGACACUCAUGCUUAGAACCUUCCCCAAGCGAAAGCAAGUUUUUGUGCCUCAGGCUGUGUGCAAGACGACGGUUCCGGACACGUUUAGCGUGCUAUUGUCGCAGCGACGUCGUUGGAUCAACUCUACCAUUCACAACCUGAUGGAGCUUGUCCUCGUUCGAGAUCUUUGCGGUACCUUCUGCUUCAGUAUGCAGUUUGUUGUGUUCAUUGAGCUGAUCGGAACUCUGGUACUUCCCGCUGCCAUCGCCUUUACGUUCUAUGUUGUAAUCAUCUCCAUCAUCAACUCACCACCUCAGAUCAUCCCUCUGGUUCUCUUGGGUCUCAUUCUCGGUCUCCCUGCAGUCCUGAUUGUGGUUACCGCCCACUCGUGGACGUAUAUGGGGUGGAUGGUCAUCUAUCUUUUUUCACUUCCCGUUUGGAACUUUGUUCUACCGACGUACUCAUUCUGGAAGUUUGACGACUUCUCAUGGGGUGACACGAGAAAGACGGCGGAUGAGAAGGUUAAGAAGGGAGGCAUCGAAUAUGAAGGAGAGUUCGACAGCAGCAAGAUCACGAUGAAGAGAUGGGCCGAGUUCGAGCGCGACCGUCGAACGCGCCUCCAAUUCUGGUCGUCGAGAGAGAAUAUCGCCAACGGAGGAGUGUCGAGCGCUGGCGGAUGGUCGGGGCCACCGGGCCAGGCGUACCACGAUGACUAUUAUUCGGACGCGUAA